AAAAGCUAAAAAUGCCGAGGUAGUGAAUUUAACAUUUAACAACAAAUUGUGUACGGAAUCCAUGAGCAAAAAAACCGAUGAUCUAUUGAAGUGCAAUCGACUGGACUCCUGCCCCAGCAAAGGUCCUAGUGAUAUUUACAAAAUCAACCUGAGGGGGAUAAGUACAUUCGAAGCUCCCUGCAGUUCAGAUGGUUGGCUAACUAUUCAAAAACGUUUUGACGGCUCCGAGAACUUCCAUCGACCCUGGAAGGACUAUAAGGAAGGAUUCGGAAAUAAAAGAGGAGAGUUUUUUAUCGGGCUUGAGAAACUGCAUGUUAUGACUCGGGAACGUCCUCACGAACUUUACAUUAAACUUGGCAAGGUGGACGGAUCCACAGGCUACGCUCAUUAUGAUGAAUUUAAGAUUGGAAGUGAACUGGAGUCGUAUGUGUUGUCGAUAGGGACAUAUAAUGGUACAGUCGGAGACUCUCUAGCUUACCAUAGCAACCAAAAGUUUACUACACUUGACAGAGAUAAUGAUAAACAUACUAUUGGCAAUUGCGCUUUAGGUGAAUGGGGUGGUUGGUGGUAUAAAGAUUGUGCUCACAGCCAACUAAAUGGAAAGUUUUAUAAGGAGGGUCGGACCAGAGACAAAAAAGAGAAUGGAAUUACUUGGGGUAGCUGGCAUGACUAUUGGACCGACUCGCUUACCUUUGUGGAAAUGAUGAUCAGGCCCAAGACGUUGUGAGCUUUAUAAAUAUCGCAUUGCGGAAAAUGUCAAAUACCAUUUUGUUAUCUUUUGUAAAUUUGUUUGUGUAAGGACAAAAUGAAAAAAGUUUGGGUUCUUUUCAAUAAAAUAUUCUAAGAGUAAAAUGUAAGAAACCGUAGAGGAAAACUACACUUUUAUAUAACGAUAGAAGUUAUACUUUCAAAUAAAAUUUAAUUACAUAAAGCUCUUGGAAGUCUAA